AAAAAUAUGUAGUUGAAAAUUUUGAUCAAUGUCUUACCAUCGCAUAUGUGAGCAUUCUUGAUACUGGAAAUUCAAAUCAUGAACUUAAUACUGCCAACAUUCCUCCAUAUAUUCCUCACUAUGAUAUUGAAUCUGCUACUACUACUCAUAAAUCAUCGGAAACUUCGACAGUUAUUAUUGAUGAUGAUACAGAG